AUCCACAGCCAGGUAUCUUUUUGAAAACGUUUGCGAAACACAUCGACAUACGCUACUAAUAGUGAAUUAUAUUAUCAAUAAAUCAAUUCGAUAAGGAUAUUAUCGCCCGUACUCCACGUCAUAAGUUUACAUUCACAGAAUAAAAUGUUGCAGUUUUUGUUCUUUGCUGCCUUGCUGCAGUGUAGUAUAUCUCAGCAAUACCAGCAGAAGGUAGCCCCUGGUGUGCCGCCACAGAAUUACCAGAAUUAUCAACAGCCCCCGCCCCCGCCCCCACCGCAACAGCAACAACAACAAUUCCAAGCGCCCCAGCAUCAACAACAGCAGCAGUACCAACAGCCGCCCCAGCAACAGCAGUACCAGCCGCCGCCGCCCCAACAGCAGCAGUUUCAGCAACAGCAACCCCCUCAACAGCAGUUCCAACAGCCCCCACCCCAGCAACAGCAUGGACACGCCCAUCAUGGCGAUCCCCAACUCUUGAACCCCGCCAACAUUGCUCAGGAGAGAGACCAUAUUCAAGAACACAUGGAAGUACCCAUAGACACGUCGAAGAUGUCGGAACAGGAGCUACAGUUCCAUUACUUCAAGAUGCACGACGCAGACAACAACAACAAGUUGGACGGCUGCGAGCUUAUCAAGUCACUUAUACAUUGGCACGGACAAGUCGACAAAGACCACGAGGUUUACAGUGAUGAACAAUUGGAACAACUAUUGGAACACGUCUUAGAUCACACAGAUAUUAACAAGGAUGGCUUUGUUGAUUAUUUGGAGUAUAGGAUUAGUAAUUAUAAAGCUAAAAAAACAGCUGAGAAAGUGAAGGAAGCAGGUCAGAAGUAGGAUGAGCUUAGCGUAGUGGUAAGCGGCCUGGACUGCUAAGUUUAAGGUUGUGGGCUCGAUUCCCACCCUAGGUUUUUGUGGACUAUGUUUUCUGCGUUUGGAUGGUAUGGUUUUUUUUAUAAUAUUUAUUUUUAUGUUGUUAUACGACGGAAUCUUCGGUGAAAAGGUUUUUUUUUUAUUUCACAACGUUGAAAAAUAUUUAGUUUUAAAGUCAGAACUCUUUCUUUAUAAGAUUUUUGCGGUCAUAAUAUUGAUAGAUCAAAAUAGUCUGUGUAGCUUCUAUAUUGUGUAUAAUUUAAGAAGAAAAACAAUCUUAUAGAAACAGGUAAUCAAUAUAGACCUUAAAACAGUGAAAGCCAGGCGCCGUAAGUCGCUAGAAUUCUUUUACAGCCUCGUUAAAGGGAAAACCCUUUAAAUGGAUUUGCACUAUUUAGUUAUGUAGAGAAGAUUCAAAUUAUUAUUUAUGACGUAAAGACGCUGCUAUUUCGCUGGAAUUACCUUAAAUAUCAAGCUUUAGCAAUUUGAGUAAAGAUCGUGCGCCUGGCAAGAAAGUGUUAGCAAUGCACAUGGAAUUGAAAGGUGCAAAAAAA